GACGCAGCAGCAUCACAUCCAUCCGUGGAUCCCUGUACCAGAUCUAUUCUUUCUGUUUAUUUCUGAUCUAUAAAACAGAUCACUGAGGAAAAACGCGGUGUGGAAUCUGCGGCUUGUGAUCAGGCCACAUUCACGACACAGAAUGACUAAAGAGAAGUCUGUUGAGGUAGAGGAGGCCCAGCCUGCCUCUGAAUGUACCAGUCCCAAACCUGAACCACGCAAGAAACCCAUGGUCCACCCGUCGGCCCAGGCCCCCCUCCCCAAAGAUUAUGCCUUCACAUUUUUUGAUCCAAAUGACCCAGCCUGUUUGGAGAUUCUGACAGAUCCCCGCACUACCAUCCCUGAGCUCUUUGCUAUCAUCCGACAGUGGGUUCCACAAGUGCAGCAUAAGAUUGACAUCAUUGGUGAAGAGAUUUUGAAACGUGGAUGUCAUGUUAAUGAUCGUGAUGGAUUGACAGACAUGACUCUUCUGCACUACAGCUGCAAAGCAGGGGCUCAUGGAGUGGGUGACCCAGAGGCAGCUCUCCGACUGACCAAUCAGCUGAUUGCUUUGGGUGCAGAUGUUAGUCUGCGUAGUCGUUGGACCAACAUGAACGCUCUUCACUAUGCUGCUUACUUUGAUGUGCCUGAGCUGAUCAGGAUUCUACUUAAAGCAUCUAAACCUAGAGUUCUCAACUCUGCCUGCAGUGAUUUCUGUCAUGGCACUGCCCUGCACAUUGCUGCUUCUAAUCUUUGCCUGGGAGCUGUCAAGUGUCUCCUAGAGCAUGGAGCCAACCCCACUGUCAGGAAUGAUAAAGGCCAAGUCCCUGCUGAUGUGGUUCCUGACCCCAUGGACAUGAGCCUGGAUAAAGCAGAGGCAGCAAUGGUGGCCAAAGAGAUGAAGCAGCUGCUGUUAGAUGCUGUCCCCCUUAGCUGUAACCUGCCCCGUGUCACCUUGCCCAACUAUGACAACAUUCCUGGCAACCUCAUGCUCAGCUCUAUCGGUCUAAAGCUUGGUGAUCGUGUAGUUUUGGAUGAUAUGAAGAGUGGCACUCUUCGAUUCUGUGGCACCACUGAGUUCGCCAGUGGCCAGUGGGUAGGAAUCGAGCUGGAUGAGCCAGAGGGCAAGAAUGAUGGGAGCGUGGGUGGAAUUCGAUACUUUAUUUGCCCACCAAAACUUGGAAUUUUUGCCCCAGUGUCCAAAAUUAAAAAAGCGGUAGAUCAGACCCCCACCUCAGUCACCUCCACACCCAAAACUCCCCGUAUGGACUUCUCACGUGUCACUGGAAAGAUCAAGAAGGAGAAAAAAGAUAAGGAUAGAGAAAAAGCCUUGAGGAAUAAGUCUCUAUCAGUGGCCAGUCUGGAUCCCGAUGGAGUGAAAAUUGAAGUGGGAGACCAGGUUUUAGUCGCUGGCCAGAAACAAGGAACUGUGCGUUUUUAUGGCAAAACAGACUUUGCACCAGGCUACUGGUUUGGUGUGGAACUGGAGCAGCCCACUGGGAAACAUGAUGGCUCUGUGUUUGGAGUUCGCUAUUUCAGUUGCCUGCCCAAAUAUGGAGUGUUUGCUCCUCCUUCCCGUGUUCAGAGAAUUGGAGGACCAAAAGAACCCCAGGGUGAUGGGACGCUGGUGAAGAAAGUUCAUCAGGUGACUAUGUCCCAGCCAAAGCGCAACUUUAACACGAUGAGGUCUCCCAAAGACAUCACCUCUGAGAACUCCAUAUCCAGCAGGUUACUGUUCUGUUGCUGGUUUCCAUGGAUGCUACGUGCAGAAAUGCAAUCUUAAACUACUCUCAAUCGAUCUCUUUCCUCUCAAGCUAUUUCCUCCCAAGUUACAAAACCACAGUCUAUCCAUAUACAUUAAUUCAUUUGACAAAAGCUUUAGUCCAAAGCAACGUACAAAUGAGAAAGGAUAUAAUUUAAACACUGAGCUGAGGGUUAAGCUUAGUUAAACACUUAGCCAUCCAUCAUUAACAUGCACUCUUCUCUGAAAAUCACACAAACCGUUAAAGACACAACUGUGCAAUCCCAUUUUACAGUCUUUCUCUCUGAUUGCAUUUACUUAGCAAAAAACUAGUGCCUUGUAAAGUGAAUAAAAUCCUGCAUUCCAUUUAUUGAACGAUCAGUAAAAUAAUCUUGAAUUUUGGAUAAGGAAAAAUGAACCAUUCAUUCAAUGCCAUUUAUUAGUACAAAGAUACAUUUUAUGUCGUCACCUUAACUGAGGACCACAAAAACAUUUAGUGAAGUAUCAUGGGAUCUUUAGAGGUUUUAUUUUAGAAAAGCUUCAUCGUUAGUUUAUGCACAUGGCCUGGCCUAAAAUAUAUUGUGGUUUCUGCUGCUUAAUUGUGCAAUCUGUCCUAAUUUCAGCAUGAAGUCCUGUUUCUUUAAAUAGUAGAUAAUAAAUUAUUAUUUAUUGGUCAUACAUACAUGCAUACUCAGUGACCAUCUAAACGUGCUAGGUAACAUAUCAUAAUAAAUCCCAUUAAAGUAACAAAAAAAUGUUAAACCCUAAGUGAGGAUCAUGCUUUGAUAAGCAUUUUAUUUUGUAAUGUGACUAAAAUGUUUGCCGGGAAAUUAAUAUUAUUUAUAUUUGGACAUUUAGGAACAGUAUGUAAAAAAUGAUCAUAAUCUGAUCAAAAACAUUCUGAUUACUGUUAAAAGGAAACCACCUUGUAACUCAGCAUACCAUAGCAGCACAGCAGGCGUCAGUAAAACAGAAGAAAUCUUAAUUCAAUCUACACUGAUCAGCCAUAAGAUUAAAACCACCUCCUUGUUUCUACAAACACUGUCCAUUUUAUCAGCUCCAUUUACCACAUAGAAGCACUUUGUAGUUCUACAAUUACUGACCCUAGUCCAUCUAUUUUUCCACAUACUUUUUUGCCUGCUUUUACCCUGUUCUUCAAUGUUCAGGACCACUACAGAGCAAGUGUUAUUUAAGUGGUGGAUCAUUCUCAGCACUGCAGUGCCAAUGCCAUGGUGGUGUGUUAGUGUGUGUUGUGCUGGUAUUAGUGGAUCAGACACAGCAGCACUGCUGGAGUUUUUAAAUACCAUGUUCACUCACUGUCCAUUCUAUUAGACACUCCUACCUAGUUGGUCCACCUUGCAGAUGUGGACUAUUCUCAGUCCAGCAGUGACAGUGAGUGUUUAAAAACUCCAUCAGCUCUGCUGUGUAUUAUCCACUCGUACCAGCACAACACACACUAACACACCACCACCAUGUCAGUGUCACUGCAGUGCUGAGAAUGAUCCACCACCCAAAUAAUACCUACUCUGUAGUGGUUCUGAGGGGGUCCAUUGAAGAACAGGGUGAAAGCAGGCUAAAAAAGUACGUAGAGAAAUAGAUGGACUACAGUCAGUAAUUGUAUAACUACAAAGUGCUUCUAUAUGGUUAGUGGAGCUGAUAAAAUGGACAGUGAGUGUAGAAACAAGGAGGUGGUUUUAAUGUUAUGGUUGAUUUGUGUAAAUGAUCUAUUAUACAUUAUAUUACUCCAAAGUACUUAAAAUGAUGGCUAAACAAUAUUUGGAUUAUUGUUUGUUUGUUUUUUACUAAAAGUCCUUGGAAUGUCAUGUUCAUGUGGUUAUACUAUAUACUGUAUAUAUAUAUAUAUAUAUAUAUAUAUAUAUAUAUAUAUAUAUAUAUAUAUAUAUAUAUAUAUAUAUAUAUAUAAUUUUUUUUUAAAUUAAUAAUUAUAGAAUUAACAAUUUAUUAAUAUUACUUCCCCCUACCACAAAUCUCUGGCAGGGUAGUUAAAUAAUCUUUUGCUGUUCAUGUCAUCAUACAAAGCUAAAAAAAUUACACAAACUUAAAUAAACAUAUAUAUCUAUCAAAUGCUCAGUACCUCACUGUAGAUUACAUAAUCCAGUAACACUAAGAUGAAAGAAGUAUGUAUAUUCUACAUGAAACAUUAACAUGAAAACAAUUAAACUACUCACUAUAUUUGCCACUAUACAUUCUAAUGGCAUUUGUAUGUACCUUACUGAAAGUGUUAUACCCUUAUAUCUUAUUUCAGUUGUAAUACAUUUUGUAAAUGUCAGUAGCUUUCACAUUCACAAAGAUCUGUGAUUCAGUGGCAACAGUGUUUAGGUAAAGAAAUCAGUAAUGUGUAAUCUGUGUUAUUUUACUGUGUGGAUAUGGCUGGCAUCAUUGUAUCACAGCAUGGUUCAGAAAAUCACCACUCUCUUUCUGUCCUUAACUGACUUAAACACUUUGGCCCACUGCUUUUAUUGUUUUUCAUUAAGAAAAAUGAUGUUACUGGAUUUGUGUUGUGCAGACUUUUUCUUUAGUGAUAUAACACAAAUGAGGAGUAUAUGCAAAAUGAACUACAGUCUAACAAGAAGUAAACCCAUUCAUUGAGAUUUUGUGCAAGUGCAAGUGUGUUGUAAUCGGGUUUCUAUAUAAACUAUUUGUUCCAACAAAAUACUAUUACUUGUGAAGGUUUCAUUUCAAAACACAUUAUUUUUUUCAUUGGCAUUCAUUAUGCUUCCUACUCAUUAUCAGAUAAAUUGAUAUAGAGUCACACUUUAUGUAGUUCUGUUCCACCCAGUUGUGUCGGUAUAACUGUAAGCAUUUAUUUGUCAAAAAAAGAUAUAUUUUGAUAACUUCACAAUGUGCUUUUUAAUGUACCUCAGUUUGACAACUUGGUAACUAUAUUCAUGUUUGUGUAGUUAUGUGAUCUAUCUACUACAGAAAAACUUAUUAACGGUUGUUAUGCUGGAGUCAGUUCUGGAUUAGCUAACUAGGCUACUGCAUGCUGUUUAUAUACUUGUGUGCUUUUGUUUUCUCAGAAGUGUAUUAGCAUGACAAUAACCAUCAAUAUCUUCAGUGCAAACCCUCCCUUGACUAUAAAUCUACCAUUAAUAAAAAGUUGGUGUUUCGUA